AUGGGCACGGAGCAUCUUUGCCCUGCAGCCCCUUCAACGGGGCAGCGGGAGGAGACACGGCUCACCCGGUUCUUCAACAGAGUCUUCUCUGCUGCAGCGAGCACCAGCAGCAGGAGAGGCUGCCAGCAGCAGCUACUACUGCCUUGUUUGCUAGGCGACCCCUUUGUUUGCUUGAAUGUUGACAGAAGGGUUGGUAUUGCUGCCGGAACUUUACUGGGACGACUUUCGCUUUUUUACUUCCCACCACCGUCUGCCGCCGCCCCUUUCGGGCUUCAGCAUCACCAGCACGAUGAGGGUCCAAUAACAGGGCAAGUGCUGUUGCCUCAAGCCUACAGCGAUGACGGGGUGGCGAUGUGCUGGACGGACACCACGUACCUCACCGCAGUGAUAGGAGCAGCAGAUGUAAGCUAUUCUGCAGCAGCAUGCGUGGCAGCAGCAGAAGCUGCUGUGCUAGUGCAGUGGAAGCUGCCGUCGCUGCGCUGUAUGGGAAGCGAACAGCUAUCGUUGUUUGCUACCCGCAGCGCCUUCAACUCUGUGACAAUGAACAUGCGGCUGCUGCGGCGAUGCCGCGAGUCGGGGCAGCUUCGCCUGCUAUACAGACACUGCAGCAGUGACCUGGCUGCAAUGAUUCUGUUCAAGCUGCAGCAGCCGAACUCGCAAGAUGCCUCAGCGACGCCUCCCGUGCCUCUGAGCGAAGAAAGAAGAAAAUUACAGAAGGCAUGGGCCUGCGCACUGGCAGCAGGAGUAUGCACGCUCGACAAGCAGCAGCAGCAGCUGCAGCUGCAGUUCACUCCCACGCACAGCGCCUGUCUCCUCGGCACAGGCGCCGCCUGUAUAAUGGAUCUGAGGGAAGGCACCAUGUAUGAACGGUACGAGGCACAGUAUUUUUGCAGAUUGUGGCGAAGUGUGGAAGCCGCAAAUCUGACGGCAUUGGACUUCAACGGUGACUUUGUCCUCUGCUGCAGUAGCGAUGCAGCAUCAGAUACGCGCUGGUUGCUGGUUGUUGAUGCGCGGGGUGCCUCUAGAUUGGUUGAGGAGAGCCAUGGUUACAUGGAGGAAUAUCUGGUUCAUCGGCAGGCAGCGCCUCGACGUCUGCAGCAAGCCUGUUUUUCUUCUCGCUUCUUUUUGAUUGUUGCUGGCGACAAAGCCAUAUCUGUUUUUGACUUGCGUUUGUCUUUCUUCAAGUACUACGCCUCCCGAGCACGAGCCCUGGGGCUCUGCAGCAACAAAUCGGCAGCAGCAGCCGACGCAGCAGCAGCAGCUUUCAGCUGCUGCGCUGGCACGUGCGAGAAUUAUAGGGGCACAGACUCGCAGCCGCAGCAACAUUCCGCAGCAGCUUCUGGCUCGGGAUCGACCUCCCGAUUGUUGAGGAGGCACGGCGGACUGUCUUCUUCUCCUGAGGGUUGGGAUUCGCAGCGCGCCGAGGGCCAAACAGCAGCCGAUGCAGCGGGCGGAGGAGCAGAGGACUCGCCGCUGCGAUCACUGCCUCUUCUGUUUCUGCGGUGCUUGCAGAACAACGCUGCUCUGAAACCCAAAGAGAAAAGCAAAUCAAAGCGUCUUGGCUCCAAUCUUUUCCGCCGCUUGAUUGGCGGCGUCGGAGCUGUCAAAAACGCAGGCCAAAGCUCGGUCCUUGGUGCUCCAGCAGCAACAACUGCAGCAGCAGCAGCAGGAUCGGAUGGACACCAUUCAGAGAGCUCUAAGGCAGGCAGCAGCGCUGCUGCAGCAGAAGGUGAACUGGUACUGCAUGCACUUGACGCCAACGAGGCGCCGGGAGAAUAUCCAAGCACGAGCCGCAGCCCGGACACACAGCUGCCGCAGCAGCCGGAAGUGCAUCAUCCGUUCUUUUUGUUCGAACGCACCCUGUUGGCCUUUCGCGUGGCCGACGCGUUUUUCAGGUUUUGUUCAUUGCUUCUGCAGCAACAGCGGCAGCAGCAACAGCGCAAUGGACUAUAUGCUGAAGAGGCCGCAGCCGCAGCAGGGGCGACGAAACCUCCGGAACCUUCUGUUGAGAAACCUUUCGUCAGUAUCUAA